CGUCAUCAACACGCGCCAACACACGGCACAGGAAAAGCCACCACGACCUUUCAUGCCGCAGAGAGUCGAGUCCGUUCAUAAUGUGUAUUUUUUUUAAUGAUUUAAGAGUAAAUUAAGUGUGCGCGUGUGACUGUGGAAGACUACAGAAGCGAAAUGUUUCGGUGUACUCUGGUGGUUUGCGGCAGAGGAGUCGCUAAAAGGUUCGCCUCUUCCUUCCCCGGAGAGAGCGCUCUGCCUCCCAACCUCCUGCUGCCGACCAACCUUGUGGAUCCUGCCAGAUUAAGGCGUCCUCCUCCUCCUGCAGACUGCUCCCUGCCUCUCCUGAGGAAGUGCGACGCUGUGGUUCCAGCUCACCUGAGCCCCGUCCAGACGUGGGUGGAGACUCUGGCGAGGCCGGACAGCGAGCCGCUGGGUCUGGCUCAGCUCCACCCGGAUGUCUUCGCCGUGCACCCGAGGCUCGAUAUCCUCCACGAGGUCGAAACAUGGCAGAGAAACUAUAAAAGAAUUAGUCACGCCAGCACAAAGAUCAGGUCAGAGGUCAGAGGUGGAGGCAGGAAACCAUGGAAACAGAAAGGAAGUGGAAGAGCUCGUCAUGGAAGCAUCCGAUCACCGCUGUGGAAAGGAGGCGGCGUGGCGAACGGACCCCGAGGGCCGACCAGUUACUUCUACAUGUUGCCCAUGAAAGUUCGAGUGCAAGGACUCAAAGUGGCUCUGAGCUCCAAGAUGGCCCAGCAAUACCUUCACAUUGUGGACUCUCUGAACAUCCCCUCACCGGACCCUCAGUACCUGCUGGACCUCAUCAGACACAAACACUGGGGAGAGUCGCUGUUAAUAGUCGACGUAGGUGAAGAGUUUCCUGAAAACAUCCUCCAGGCAACAGCGGGGUUGAAGACGGUGAACAUCAUUCCAGCCAUCGGUCUGAAUGUCCACAGCAUGCUGAAACAUGAAGCAGUCGUCCUCACUCUGGAAACCAUCAAGUUUCUGGAAGACAAGCUGCUUUGGCACGACCAGCGCUACACCCCUCUGUACCCGUUUAAACUGCCCUACUCCGACUUCCCGUAGAAGACACCAAAUUACCUGUAAUAUAUUCACUGACUGCAAUGUUUUCUUUGAGUUUAUUAUGUUUCACACAAAAAGAAUCAAUAAAUAAUGUCAAUGAUUUAAAAAAAAAAAAAAAAAACACUCAAAGUUGUAUUAAAAUGACCUAAAAAGGCACAUGGAGAGUAAAAGGCCUAAAAUCGAUGACUGAAUUUGUGUGGAGGUAGACCGUUAGCCAAAUCGUUCCUGAUCUCCCAACGGAGGGCCGAGCGCUUCUUCUCGGUUGGCACGAUGUAGGUGUUCGGCACAUAGACCCUCCGAGGUUUAGGCUGCAACGCAGAACAAAUCAAGACUUAAUCUACUAAAUACUAAUAGUUCUUUUUUUUGCUGCCUCAGUACUUAGAUUUCUCUAUUGUGAAGUUGUAGACACUGACUUUGUGUUUCAGUAGAGCUGAACACACUGCACAGCUGUUCUUGUUUACAUAUCUUUCAUUACCAGUAAUUAAAAAGGACUGCAAGUGUAUAAACUGGUAAUUCUGGAGUGCAGAAGUGACUCUUGAUUAAAUGUUUUCUAUUGGUGCAGUUGUUACAACAAAGAUGGGUUAAUAGUAA